CUAUAAUAGGACCUAUAAUAGAACCUAUAAUAGGAGCUAUAAUAGGAGCUAUAAUAGAACCUAUAAUAGGAGUUAUAAUAGGACCUAUAAUAGAACCUAUAAUAGGAGUUAUAAUUGGACCUAUAAUAGAACCUAUAAUAGGAGUUAUAAUAGAACCUAUAAUAGAACCUAUAAUAGGACCUAUAAUAGAACCUAUAAUAGAACCUAUAAUAAGAGUUAUAAUAUGA